AUGUCUCGCGUCGCUCUUUCAGCUCUUUUGGCCGUCGCGGCCGUUCUCCCGAACGCACUCGUCAACGCCCAGGACAACCCGCAAGCUACUUUCCCCGCCACCCCGCUCGCUUCAAAGCACUUCGCCUACCCCACGGGCCUGCCCUACCAAGCCGACUCGGAACACCUCAUACGAGGCACCCAGACGGGGUACAACAUCUGCAACUCGACAACGGAGAACCAGGACUCGCUCUGCCAGACGUCGUUUCUCAAUGCCCUUGAUGAUUUUUGCUUAUGGGCCCCGAUAAAACCCAACUCGUUGAUUGCCGACACUGAAGGCGAGGAAGUCGCGUGGUGCACGAAGCCCGGUCGUGGUACUCGUCUCAUCCCCGCGGGUGCCCUCAAAGGCGUCCAAUUCAUGCGCACGCCCGACUACGUCCAAGUCGUCGGCUUCAUAGACCAAAGUCUCAUCAAUAUCCAAACGGGCGAUUUCGGCGGAGAACUUGACCCCCAUGGCGCUGACUUGCGUGGCAAUCCUCUUGGGGGUCUCGUCUACUCCAACGCCUGGUCCGGCAACAACGAUUCGUUCACCCAGGUCAUCGAAUGGCACAACUUCAUGGGUGGCGACGCCUUCUGCUUCAAAGUCUGCGACCCCGCUGGGCCUAACGCGGCGAACUUCUGCCAGCACAUCUACGACCGCAUUGGGUGCGCGUACAACGCGCCUAACAACGCGCAGAAUGGGACCUUCGAGUCGUGCCAAGGCGAGAACCAGGACUUCCCUGGGGUGUACACUACCAACGGCGCCGUCGUCACGUACACGCAGCCACCGGAGUCCCUGGGAGCCAUCUCCACGAUGCCGUACCAGCCCCGUGUCCCCGCAUCGAGCAACUGCGUGCCGUUCCAGAGCACGGCGUUGUUCGCUGCCCUCGCUACUGUCACGCCGUCGGGUAGCGCGGCCGUCUCCGGCUCGCAGACAGGCUCAGCCUCUGGGAGCAGUGCCACCGGUACACGCUCGGGCACGGGCACGGGUACUGCGCAAAAUGCCAACCAGACGACGAACGAUGGGAGCAUUGUCGUUAUGUCGGGCUUGGUUUCGGUGAUAGGUGUUGUCUUCUCCGCACUUUUCUUGUCGUAA